AGAAAAUCUCAUUGUCUACUUUUUAAAGUAUUUAUUAGCAUAUUUAGGUGGAGAAUAAAUAUUUGUUCAUCUACAAACAAACACUUCUGUCUCUCACAGAGCUGUAACUUCUGCUGUAGAGGAUCCUCUGUCCUCCACUGGUUACCUGUAUCACUGUCACCUGUUUGAACCUGUCAGCUGUCCACAGCCUCCCACAGUCACUAUGGAGACCAAAGAUCUGUCUAAGGACACCAGAAACCAGACUGCUGACCUGCACCAGACUGGAAGACUGAAUCUGCUACAGAUAAGCAGCUUGGACUGAAGAAAUCACCUGUGGGGGCAGUUAUUAGGAAAUGGAAAACCAAAGUAACAAAGGCUACCGUCAGUAAGACACUACACCACAGGGACUCAAACCCUGCAGUCCCCCAUAAUUGUAGAAUUUAAACUUUGAUCAGGAUCUUUGGAAAUGAACUGACUGUAACUGAAUGUCUGCUAGAACUUUGCAUUCGUUCUACCGUUCUUUAGAUAAAUCCUGUUUCCUUUGGUGGUCGUCACAGCACGCUGCCUGCAGAGGCGCGUUCAUGGUCUGGGCUGGUUCCGCUCUGAAGCCAUUCGGCGGCGUCGGACACUGGUCCACGCCAGCGGCUUAGCAAAUAGGAUUAGAGGCGAGCAGAAAUCUCCUGCAGCCGCAGCAAAGUCCCAUCUGCCGCUCUGACAGGAGGAACCGUGACCUUCUCCAGGUUCUGCCAUGACCACCGCCGGAGGUUCCAGGGACCCGCUGGGGAGCUAAGGAACCGCAGACCCAGCCGCACAGGGACCCGACAUGAGGAUGAGGAGGGGGGCCCUGUGGGCGCUCGCCGCGGCGCUGCUGUCAGGAUACCUGCACCCCCGCACAGAUGCCUCUCAGAACCAGAUUGCAGGUUUGAAGGAUCCAACCGGACGUUUGGAGGAACCCGCUCCAGGGACGGACCCCCUCCGGUUCCGAGAACAUUCCACUUUGACCCGCAGGAAACGGAACAUUCUGUUUCCCAGCGGCGUGAAGCUCUGCUCCCAGGAGACCUUGGACCAGGCGGUCUCCAACCACCUGACCUACUUCCACCUGAGAGUGUGUCAGGAGACGGUGUGGGAGGCCUUUAAAGUCUUCUGGGACCAGCUGCCAGACCGGGACCAGUACCAAAGCUGGGUCAGCCGCUGCAUGAACGGAUCCGUCAGCACCAUGGAGAUUGGCAGGUUCUUCAGCCAAUCAGAGGAACACAGGAGCCUCGUCAUGAGGAGGGUGGUUCUAGCGGCUGCCAUGAACAGUAAGCCCCCCUCCUCUGGAUCCGGUCCGUGCAGCUCAGAGACGGUUCAGAGACCAAGUCCAGCCACGGAGACACCGUCAGAAAGAACCAGUCUGAGUCCAGUCAUCGUCACAGCAGACCAGCAAGAACUUCAACCACGCCUUGAAGGAACGUCUUCAACUUCUCUGCUCUCUGAGACCAAAAGUUCCCGUCAGGAAGCAGCUGGAACAACUGGAAUUGGAGGCCAAGUGGACCUCACCACAGCACCCGAAGAGACCAACAAUGUGGAGGAAACUUCUCAGAGUCCUGGAGGUUCUGACCCCAACAUUCCUCAUCUUCAGAUGAUUGCUGAGGAACCUGUGGAGGUGACCUCUGAGGUCAAUACCACACACCAACUUGGUGAUGGUUUGGACCAGGACAAGAGGGAAAACAGAACAUUCUUAGAUAGAACCGACAAUGAGAUCCUGGAGAACGUUCCUCAGGAUUCUGAAGAACCUCCUUCAGAAGGUGGAGCUGUUGUGGUUCUUCCAGAACCCACUCUAAGACCUGCAGCAGACCCGGUCACUCUGGUGAGAUCAGAGCACAUGAUCUCUGAGGUUCCUGAAGACAUUGUGCUUGGAACCACCACCAAGAGCUUUGUAGUGUCAGAAGACGAGGAAAGACGAGACGUUUCUUUAAGCGUCAUCCCAGCUGUAACUUUAGCCAAUGACAUCAUAGAAAGGUUACCUGAUCCAGCCCCUUCUGGAAUGUCUGAAGUGGGAACAGCAACACCACAUCCAGAACCUCCUCUUGAAGAAACUGUUGCAGUCAGCCUUCAUGGAGCUGAGAUCAUUGCAGAAACACCUCCACCUGCAUUUGAGAGAACACGCACAGAACAUGAGGGAUCAUCCAUCAAUGUGUUUCCAGAACUAGAAUCCAUCACCGUCUCUGAACCACAAGACAGUUCUCAGGUUUCUAUCAGAACAACAAAAAUGGAGGUUGGUGAAGAUACGGGGCAGAAUCAACCGGACGUUCUAGCAGAGGUUCCUUCCCAACCAACUCUGAUUUUCGAAAAAGAGAUGGAUGAAGGUCUACCGACAACCGUGGAGAAAGACACAUCUGUAAAACCGAAGGUCAUUGAUGAAGAUGAGACACCUGAACCAGCGGUGGAUGUCCAGACUGAGGGUGCUGCGGAGGUAACCGGAACCACAGAAGACGCAGUUCCAGAAACGGAACUGGCCAGACCUUCGGUAGAGCAUACAACGGAACCGUCACUAGAUUCAUCUACAGUUAAAGCAGAAGAACCAGUUAUUCCAGGUACACCAGACACACUGACAGAAGAAGAAGGUUUCAGGACUGCAGAAGAACCAAAGCUUCUUGGUGCAACUUUAAAGAAUCAAGAACCUGUAGAAGAAGCUGCACCAAAACAACAAGCACCUCCCCAAAGUGUUCCAGUGGACCCAAAACCUGAAGAAGAUACUCCAGAACCCAUAAAAGAACCAGCAGAAGUACCAACAUAUCCAGAGGAACCAGCACACAAGACACACACUCUUAAAGAAAGUAUAGGAGAAACCGAACCUUCAGCAGAACCAGUGGCAGACUCCAAACUUUUUGAAGAAAAAACACAGGAGCCACCAGAACCAAUUAGAGCACCAGCAAAUGAAGAAGUUACUGAAGAACCAGCAUAUGAAGCUGAAUCCAUCACAGAACUGGCACCAACAGGAGCAGACACAUCAAAGCACGAAUCAGAUUUAGAGAAUCAACCAAAGCCUUCAAGAGAACCAGCAAUUGAAGGAGAACUAAUCACAGAACCAGAUCCAGAACAAGCUAGAAUACCAGCACAAGUACCAGUGUCAACUAAAGAACCAACGGUGGAAGAAAAACCUCACAGAGAACCAGCUAAGGAACAAAAACCAACUAAAAUACAAGAAUCAGAGUACAUCACAGAACCAGGACAAACAAGCACAGAACAAUUAGAAAGCACAUCAGAAUCAGGAGAAGCAAAACAUGCUAUAAAACCAGAAAAAAAAGCAGAACCAAUUACAGAACUUGAAUCAGAUCCAGACUACUCAAUAAUACCAGUACAAGUACCAGUGCCAACAAAUGAACCAACAGAGAAUACAAAACCUGUCACGGAAGCAGAACAAAGCACAAUACUAAAACAAGAACCAGAAGAUGCCAUAAAACCAUCACGAGAACCCCUCCAAAAAACAGCACAGGAGGUAGAACUUAAUAAAGAAUCCAAAGAAUCAGACCCAGUAACAAAACUAAAACCAGAGCCAGGCACAACUUCAGAAGAAACAGAAUCCACAGGAAUACCAUCAAUGAAAUCAGAACACACAAAAGAAUUGACAAAGGAGGUUCCUAGAGAAAAAGCAAAGAAAGCAGAACCUACAAAAGAACCACCAGAACCAGAGCCCACCACUGAAUUAAUACAAGAAGAGAAAUAUGUCACAAAACCAGGAGAAGAACCAAAACUGUUUGGAGAACAGGGUCAAGCAAGUAAGCCAACUAAAGAACCAGAAUUCACACAAAAAACACAGGAACCAGAAACUACCAAAGAAUUGACAAAAGAGCUUCGUGGAGAACAAGCAAGAAAGCCAAUCGAAGAACCAGAAGUCGCCAAAGAACCAGCACAGGAACCAGUACCCACCAAAGAGCCAACGCAAGAAGAAAAAGCUGUUGGAGAAUCUGUAAAGGAACCAGAAUCAGUUGAAGAACUAAAACAGGAAUCAGAACAUGAAAUAAACCCUGCACACGAGAAGGAACCCAUCACAGAACUAGCUCGUCCAGAUGCCAAAACAUCAGAGAUCCCAUUAGAAGAAUCUGAAGAAGCAAAACCAACACAAGCAGAACCCACUGAAAAGUUACAGAAUUACACUGAAGCUCCCAAAGAACCAGAAAAAGAAGCAGAGCCCACAGCAUUCGAACAAGAACAUGAACCAACAAAAACAUAUACACUAGAGAUAGAACCCACAAGGGAACCACCACAGAUACCAGAACCUGCAACUGAAUCAAAAGAAGACACUAAAUUUACCAAAGUACCAGCAAGUGGUCCUGAACCCACAGAAGACCCAGAAGGUUUCAGGAAUGAAACAGGAACAUCUCAUCCCUCAAAUGAUGAAAUGGUGGAGAAGACAGAACCAACCAGAGAGCACACAGAAGAACCUGUACCAGAGGUAGAAUCUGAUACUAAUCCAUCUGAGGAUUUGAUUUUGGUGGAUGAAGAACAAGGAGAAACAGCAGAUCAACCUAUGGAGAACGGUGGAACUCUAGAGAGUUCCAGAGAGGUGGAAGUACUAGAGCCUGCUCUGGAAUCAGACCAGGACAUCACUCCUGUUAUCCUUGUUGUCCCAGAAGACCCAGAGGAGGUCACGCCAGAGCCGGAAGAGGGGGAAAUACAGGAACCAAAGGUUCCUGAAGGACCUCCAGUUGAUUUAGGUAGGGAGGGUUCCACAGAGGAAGUACUUUCUCAUGUGGAUGAGCUCAAGAGUAAAGUCUCUAAGCAGAGUGGAAUAACAGCAGAUGUCCUGGAGACUGCAGACCAUCUGGGGAGGCUUUCAGACGUUGAAAACACAAAGGUUGGAACCCCUGAGUUCCCUGAAAAGUUUCCCAACGACCUAGAAACUGCAACCAGCGAGGAAACCGCAGCAGAAGCUGCACCAGAGAUCAUCCAGGACCACCUCAUCCCAGGAUCAGCCGCUGGAGCCACAGAUAAAAGUUUAGCCGGCAUCAGCGGUUCUCCUGUGGACAUCACAACAAAGUACGUGGUGGAAACCAACAACGGCAACUUCCCGGAUCUCCUAGACAUCCCAGAAGAUGAAGAAGAGGAGGACAACCAACUUGGAAACAACGGCUUCCCUUCAGAGGUGGAGCAUGACAGCUCGAUCGACAACGAGAUCGCAGACACACUGCUGAAGCCCCCGCGGCUCCUGAAGGACCAGACGGUGGAUCUGAGGAUCAAGUUGAAGGGACAAAGCUACAACGAUGCUCUGAGGGACCCCAGCAGCCUGGAGUACCAGCACCUGGCCAGACACUUCAAACGCAGGGUUGAAGACGCUUUUGAGAGACUGCCAGGCUUCAAGAGCAUCUCCAUCGUUGAGUUCAGGCCUCAGAAGGACCUGGAACGCGGUCUGGUGGUUCUGGUGCAUUACUCCAUCACUCUGGAGGUGGAGGUGGACAGCGGCGGCAUCUCCAACGACACUCUGGACUUCAUCAUUCUGCAGAACAACCUGGUGGAGAAGAACUUUGCCGGCGGUGCCGAACAGCCCACCGUCAUCUACACCAUCACCGACUUCCGUAACUUCAUCACGGAGGCUCUGCACAAGGACACCUUCAAGAGCAACAGCAGCCUGGACCUUGUGGAGAGUUCAGCAGAAAACAUCUGGUCUGCAGUGAAACCAACCAGUCAACCGGCCGACACCUUUAACAACAUGGACAACGUUCUGGCAGCAGAGAAGCCUCCGGAUGCUCCGGCCCACGAAGCUGACAGCAGUGAGGUCUUCCUGAAGAAGGAGGACUUUCUCUUCAACCCCAUCGACCCUUGGAAAGGCGAGCAGAAGGAGACGCUCAGCGAAAACGAUGUCUUCCUGUUUGAUGAGAGGACGCCUGCCCCUCCACCCAUCAGCAACCUGGAGCCUCAGGAGGAGCAGAACCCAGAGCACAUCCAGGAGGAGGGCUUCCUCCUCACUAGCACGCUCAGCUCCAGAACAGGGGUUCCACAAGAGGAGCCCUCAGAACGUCCUGAAGGUCCUCCUGCAGUCAGCAUACUCCCGUCUGUGGAGACUCACUCUAAAGGUUCACUCGAUGACCGGUCUGGAUCUGGGUUCUCUGGAGACGACCAGGGAGCAGAUCUCUGGUCGUUGCCACCACCAGCAGAGUUUAACAUUAGUCGUAUCGUAGAACGAAACAAGCUAGACGUUCUUCCUCCGCCCGAUUUAGAGGAGGACAUGGACGAGGACGUGGCCUCAGCAGAACCACCGUCCACAGCAGAGGAAGCACAUGCUGGUGAUUUGGAGGAAGCAAUUCCUGCUCCUUCUGAAGGAGAGACCUUCAGCAGAUACACAGAGGCUCCUUAUCUGAGUCCAGAGCUGCUGACUCCACACAUCAGCACAUCUCCACAAUACUCCACCCCAACACCCCCACCCUUACUCCUACCCCAGGAAACCCUGACCGUGAAACUGCCUCCAACUACAGUGGAGGCAUCUGGACUCUGGAAAGACCACACAGAGACUCCAAUGGUUUCCAAUGAAGGACCAAUCACGGGUUCCCCACCUGAAGAAUGGACUCAAAAGACAGAAACAGUGUUUGGUCUCGCUGACUCAGACAGGAAGCUGCAAAAAAACCCUGAAAAGGUGCAAGAAGUAAAUAAAAAGGUGGAAAAAAGCACUGAGAAGGUGGAGGAAACUCUGGAAGAGGUGAGGGACAUCUCUGAGAAAGUGCAAGAAGCCUCUGAGAAGGUGGAAGAAACUACUAAGAAGGUGCAAGACGCCUCUGAAAAGGAGCUAGAAACCACUGAGAAGGUGCAAGAAGCCUCUGUACAGGGGCAGGAAGGCUCUGUAAAGUUGGAAGAAACCACUAAGAAAGUGCAAGACACCUCUGUACAGGGGCAAGAAGCCUCCGAGAAGGUGGAAGAAACCACUGAGAAGGUGGAAAAAGCAAUUGAAAAGGUGCAAGAAGGCUCUGAGAAGGGGGAAGAAGCCUCUGAGAAGGUGCAAGAAGGCUCUGAAAAGGAGCAAGAAGCCUCUGAGAAGGUGGAAGAAACCACUGAGAAGGUGGAAAAAGCAAUUGAGAAGGUGCAAGAAGCCCCCGAAAAGGUGGAAGAAACCGCUGAAAUGGUGGAAAAAGCAAUUGAAAAGGUGCAAGAAGGCUCUGAGAAGGGGGAAGAAGCCUCUGAGAAGGUGCAAGAAGGCUCUGAAAAGGAGCAAGAAGCCUCUGAGAAGGGGGAAGAAACCACUGAGAAGGUGGAAAAAGCAAUUGAGAAGGUGCAAGAAGCCCCCGAAAAAGUGGAAGAAACCGCUGAGAUGGUGGAAAAAGCCAUUGAGAAGGUGCAAGAAGGCUCUGAGAAGGUGGAAGAAACCACUGAGAAGGUGGAAAAAGCAAUUGAGAAGGUGCAAGAAGGCUCUGAGAAGGGGGAAGAAACCGCUGAGAAGGUGCAAGACGCCUCUGUACAGGGGCAAGAUGCCUCUGUACAGGGGCAAGAAGCCUCUGAGAAGGUGGAAGAAACCACUGAUAAGGUGGAAAAAGUAAUUGAGAAGGUGCAAGAAGGCUCUGAGAAGGGGGAAGAAACCGCUGAGAAGGUGCAAGACGCCUCUGUACAGGGGCAAGAAGCCUCUGAGAAGGUGGAAGAAACCACUGAGAAGGUGGAAAAAGCAAUUGAGAAGGUGCAAGAAGGCUCUGAGAAGGGGGAAGAAACCGCUGAGAAGGUGCAAGACGCCUCUUUACAGGGGCAAGAAGCCUCUGAGAAGGUGGAAAAAACCACUGAGAAGGUGCAAGACGCCUCUGUACAGGGCCAAGAAGCCUCUGAGAAGGUGGAAAAAACCACUGAGAAGUUCGAACAAACCACAGAGAAGGUGGAAAAAGCAAUUGAGAAGGUGCAAGAAGCCUCUGAGAAGGGGGAAGAAACCACUGAGAAGGUGGAAAAAGCAAUUGAGAAGGUGCAAGAAGCCUCUGAGAAGGGGGAAGAAGCCUCUGAGAAGGGGGAAGAAGCCUCUGAGAAGGUGGAAGAAACCACUGAGAAGCUUGAAAAAGCAAUUGAGAAGGUGCAAGAAGGCUCUGAGAAGGGGGAAGAAGCCUCUGGAAAGGAGGUAGAAACCACUGAGAAUGUGCAAGAAGUCUUUUUAAAGGUGCAAGAAGCCUCUGAGGAGGUGAAAGAAACCACUGAGAAGGUGGAAAAAACAAUUGAAAAUGUGGAAGAAACCACUGAGACAGAAGACAUUGCAGCUGCAAGACCAAAAGAAUCAGUAGAGAUGGAGGAACUGAUCCAUCCACUUGAAUUACCUGAAGUCCCUAAUGCUGAAGACCACACACCUGUAACCAUUGGACCAUUGGUCCAGGCAGUGAGUGAGUCAGAUGAUGGAGCCACCCCAGAAGAACCUUCAGUAGCUCCAUUCUCUAAAACAAAAAUCAACAUCAAAGUUGAGAUUUUGGAGGACCUGCAUGUUGGUACCACUCACAGCACACCUCCAGAACCUGAGGUCAUGGACCCUGACCUAGCUGUGGAUGAAGUCCUGGUUGUCACAGCAACAGUUGGAACCUGGGUUCCAGAGCGCAGCGACACAAUCCUCUCACCUGAGAAGGAAUCCCCAUUCACCAGAGUAUCAGAUCUGGUUCCAGACGAGGAAGAUCUAUUCCACCAGAACCCUGAUGAUGUCACUGCAGCUCCGAUCCACCCUCCAUUCUCAGAGACCUCUCGGUCCACGCUGGGGGUGCUGGUAGGGAGCAAGACCAUGGAUCAAAGUCUGGAUCUACCAGAACCUUCAGGAGGGGAACCAGACUCAGCAAGAGUGGAAGCUCAACCUUCAGAACAUAGGAAAGAACCUUUUGAUGUGAGGUUCAAAUCCUCAAUUGGAGAACAAGAACUUUUGGUUGUUGAAGAUAAAGCCGUCAGAGGGGAACCUUUGGGUUUGCAUGAAGAUAAAAAUACUUCUACUGGAGUUUCAGAGACAAAAGACAACUUUGGAAGAACAGAAGAACCUUUAACAAGUGAUGGGAAACCUUUGGAAUGGACCAAAACACCUUCAGAAGUCCAAGAAGACCUUUCCGACGUUCUAAAAUUCAUAGAAGUGGUACCAUUUGAAAGCACAGACGUUGUUUCUGGGGACAACGCGGAACCAUCAGAAGGUGAAACAGAACCUUUGGGUCCAGGAGAAGACAUUUUCAGAGCUGAGGAAGGACCUUCUGUAGAGACUUUAGAGGUGAAAGCAGAACCCUCUGGAGAGGAUUUUGGCGUGGAAAAGGAACCAUCUGAAGCAGAAGUUUACUCCUCUGCUGGGAAAACAGGAGACUCUCAGUCACAAGCAGAACCUGUGAACGAGCAAGCAGAACCUGUGAACGAGCAAGCAGAACCUGUGAACGAGCAAGCAGAACCUGUGGACGAGCAAGCAGAACCUGUGGACGAGCAAGCAGAACCUGUGGACGAGCAAGCAGAACCUGUGGACGAGCAAGCAGAACCUGUGGACGGCCUGGCAGACGUGGAUAACAGCAGUUCUCCAUCCUUUGACCAGACCUUGUCAGCCAUCAACAUGAGCAUUGACGUGUUCCAGUAUGGCGGCGUGGGGGAGGAAGGGGAAAGCAGCGGCUUCUUCAGCGAAGCUCACAGUUUGGACAGAGCUGCUGGAGCCCUGCCAGUCCAGCCUGGCAGGGCUCUCACCGUGUUCUUUAGCCUGAGGGUCACCAACAUGGCCUUCUCUCCAGACCUCUUCAACAAGAGCUCUACGGAGUACAAAGCUCUGGAGCAACAGUUCCUUCAUCUGUUGGUCCCCUACCUGCAGUCCAACCUUAACAACUUCCAGAACCUGGAGAUCCUGAACUUCAGGAACGGCAGCAUUGUAGUGAACAGCAGGAUGCGGUUUGGUAAACCGGUUCCCAAAGAGGUGACCAACGUGAUCUACCUCAUCCUGGAGGAUUUCGCCAACACGGCCUACCAGAAGAUGAACAUGGCCAUCGACAAGCACUCGCUGGAUGUGGAGUCAGGUGACCGGGCCGAUCCCUGCAAGUUCCAGGCCUGUAACGAGUUCUCCAGGUGCAUGGUCAACCAGUGGUCUGGGGAGGCCGAGUGCGUGUGCGACCCCGGCUACCUGAGCGUGGACGGCCUCCCGUGUCAGAGCGUCUGUGAUCUGCAACAGGACUUCUGCCUGAAUGACGGCAAAUGUGAUGUCCUGCCUGGCAAAGGCGCCAUCUGCAGGUGUCGAGUUGGGGAGAACUGGUGGUACCGGGGGGAGCAUUGUGAAGAGUACGUCUCUGAACCGCUGGUGGUGGGCAUCGCCAUCGUCUCUGUGGUCGGCUUUCUGGCCGUGGCGGCUGGAAUCAUCUUCUUUUUGGCCAGAACACUCAGGGAGCAAUACAACGGUGAAGACACAGAGGACCCUCUGCGGAGGGGGGAGAGCGAUCCCAGUCUAAAGCGAGCAACCAAGUUCAACCCCAUGUUUGAAAACGAUCCAGUGACCACACAGUACUACCGUCGUUAUGACGACGGCACGUCCCAGCACGCAGACGCUGCGGUUCCCCAAUACGCCUCCAAUCCAGUGACCACCGAGGAGACGCUCCACAUUUACCGGAACACGGCCCUGACCCCCCAGGAGAUCCAGGAGCGUCUCCGGAUAAUCGAGCUGUGCUCCAGAGACCAGCGCUUUGCUGACUUUGUGCGGCAGACUCAAGUAUACCUGGAGAGGAGGGGGAGCUCCACCACAUAACUCCUCCCACCUGCUGUCCUACAGACGGCGUCCUGCUCCUGCGGUUAGGAAAGACAGUCGCUGCAGGCAAAGAUGCCGGACUUCUUUCUGUGGAUGUUCUCUGCUGGGUUCUCCUGAAGGGACUUGGACCAAACCUUUCCUGUUCUUCCUCCUGCACAUUAGGAUCUCUGCUCACGCGCUGUGGUAGAUCAAAGGGUUCUGCCAGCAUCCAGGCCCACUCAGUACCUCUGAGCGGUGAGCCUCAGCGUUCCUCGUCAGUGCCUUCUCUAGGACUUCACUUAAAGAACCGCAGAACCCUGGAUCUGGGUCUGGAACAUCUCAGACCGUUAACAUCUGCUUCAUCUCAGCAAUGUUUACAUUUCUGAUCUUUGCUUUAGUGUGUUAGAUGUGUAGACUUGUUCCUGAGCGGACCUCGUACCGACGCUUCAGGGUUUGAACUGAAAAUCCAAAGGCUGCAGAACGGAACACAAAGCUGUUCUUGCAUUAAAGGUUUGGGUUCUCGUGGUUUCCUCAGAGGUUUCACAGAUGUCCCUGCGAUACGGUCCAGACAGAAAGGAGCCGUCCACAGACAGAGUUCUUUAACCUCCAACGGUUGGACCGGUCUGCAUCUACGGAACAUCAAGGUUCUUCACAAUCAGACACAUUUCCGUUCUUAGGUUCUGUUGUGGAGCUGAUCCUGAGUUCAUAAAGAACACUAGAUGGUUCCGGUGGAGUAGUUUCAACAAAGUUGGUUGGUUCUUUAAAGAUGGUCUGUGGUCUCACAGCUCUGCUAAAUUCAGUUCUAAGAGGUUCUACGACAUUUUUGAGUUUCUUGCUCCAUGAAGGUUUUGUUCUUCUCUAACAGCAAAGGUUCUCUGAUUAAUUCACUAUUCGGUUCUAGUCCAGGUUCUCUAGUUGUUUUGCUGUCAGGUUCUCACCUGUCCCUGUUAUUAGGUUCCGCCACCGGUUCUUUAGUUCCCUCAGCAUCAAGGUGUAUUACAGGUUCUCUUGUUCCCAAAGGUUUCAGUGUUGGUUCUACCAUAGGUUAACUGGUUCCUGCAGUGAUAGGUUUUGGCAUAAGUUCUUUAGUUCCAUACGUGGAAGGUUCUGUCACACGUUGUCUUUUACACCAGGUUCUUCGUGGGUUCUCUGGUUUCAGGUUUUGUAACAGGUUCUCUGUUUUUUGUGUCAGGUUCCUUCAUUGAUUUUCUGAUUCAUUCAGUGUCAGGUUCUGCCCCAGGUUCUCAGGUUCCACCAGCACCAGGCUCUGUCACAGAUCCUCUGCUUCUUGCAGUGUCAGGUUCCUCUGUUCCUGUCUGUAUCAGCUUCUAUUAGUGGUUCUCUGGUUGUUUCACUUCAAGAUCUUAACACAGGUGUUCUGGUUCCUCCAGUGUCAGGUUCUAUCACAGGUGUUCUGGUUCCUGCUGGAUCCUCUCCCAUUCUGUUGGAACCAUCUUGUUGCCUAUUGAUGUUCUUAUUGUUGUGUUCCUGUUUUGUCAGUUCUACAUUUUUCCUCGUGUAGUUAAUGGAGAAACGAGGAGAACGUGAACGGACAAAGAACCCAAACCAAAGAGAAGCUGGUCUCUGCAGAACCCUGAUCAUGUGUGGUGGUAGUUGGUCCUAGACGUUCUGUAAAUGUCAGCAUUCUUCUGUAGUCAGCAGCCGGUGGACCUCAGUGUAAAGCAGAAGGUUCUGAGAUGAUGGCGUGUGUGCGGUACUGUGUCGUUGUCUGUUGUGCGUUCCUGUGUUUUGUAUUGUGUUUUCUAUGCUGUUUGUUCAACACUAGAGCAGCACAAACCUGCCGUUCUCUCUUCUCUGGAAUAAACAUUUUUCACUCAUGG